UCUACAUUUCCCAUUUUAAUGGAGAUUUGAGUUUUCUUUUUGUAAAACCCAAUAUAUAAAAAUAAAAAACACCCAAAAUCAUAAAAUGAAUUUAAAUUUCUGGGUUUAUUUUAGUUUAUUAAUUCUUAUAGUGUGCAUUCCAAAAUCAUUUGCACAAAUCAAUCCCCCAGAAGCAAGAAUUUUAUUACAACUCCAAAAACAUCUUGAAUAUCCAUCGGUUCUUCAAUCAUGGCAAAAAUGGACUGCUUUCUGUUUUCUUCCUCCUUCAUCUUCUGUUACUAUAACAUGUUCUAAUGGGCGUGUAACAGAAAUAACUGUCAUUGGGAAUAAAUCUUCACCUACCCAUGAUUCUUCAACUUCUUUAAUAAAUGGUAAAUUUAUUGUUUCUCAAAAAACUUUAUCAGAAAAAUUCUCCAUUGAUUCAUUAUUCACUGUUCUUACGAAACUCACAAAUUUACAAAAACUUUCCCUUAUUUCAUUGGGUAUUUGGGGUAAUUUACCCACAACAAUAUCUAGAUUUUCUCUUCUUGAAUCAUUCAAUAUGAGUUCAAAUUUCAUCUAUGGUGAAAUCCCAUCUCAAAUUUCCAAAAUAAAAACCCUAAAAACCCUAAUUGUUGCAAAUAAUUUAAUCAAUGGAAAAUUUCCUGAUUUGGGUAGUUUACAAAAUCUUCAAGAGAUUGAUUUAAGUAACAACCAAAUAGGGCCAAAUUUCCCGUCAUUAGGAACAAAUUUAGUGAGCAUUAUACUAAGAAAUAACUCAUUUAGGUCACAAAUUUCUACUCAAAUGAAGAUUUUCAAUCAACUACAAAGAUUUGAUGCAUCAGAAAACAAUCUAAUUGGGCCAAUCCCAUCUUUUAUGUUCAAUCUUCCUGCAUUAUGGUACUUAAAUUUAGCACAAAAUCAGCUGACAGGUGAACUUCCAAUGAGCACAAACUGUGGUAAGAGGUUAUGGUUCGUCGACAUAUCUCGAAAUUUGUUUGUUGGGGAGCUUCCUAGCUGUAUGGGUAAUGAGUCCCACAAGUAUAGGAAGGUCCUUAGUGAUUGGAACUGUUUUUCGAGUUUGAGGUUUCAGCACCCGACUUCGUUUUGUGAAAGGGAAGCCAUUGCUGUGAUUCCACCUGAUAAGGAAUUUGUAGGAAAUCAGGGGAGUUCUGGGAGUAAAAUUUGGUUGAUAUUUGGGAUAAUUGGUGGGACUAUAUUGUUUGUUGGUAGUGUUGUUUCUUUGAUUUGGUUGAUUUACAAUGGAAGAAAGUAUGGAGGAGCACAACUUUUUAGUAACAAAUAUGAUAAAUCUUUUGGUGGGAAGUUGUCUGCUCGUCCUUCUGCAAUGGUUGAUUCGAAAUAUGGACCGAAAUCGAUGAGGAUUCCGAACCUAGGACUUCCACCCCAUAAGUCUUUUACCUUAGAAGAACUAGAAGAAGCAACAAAUCACUUUGAUCAAGUAAACUUGAUUGCAGAAGGAUCUCAAGGACAGCUUUACAAAGGUUUGCUUCAAAGUGACACACCAAUUUUGGUUAGAAGUAUAAAGGUAAAAGAGAAGCAUUCAUCCAAGACUUUAAAACAACAUAUGGAUGCUUUAUCACAACUAAGGCAUCAAAAUUUGGUUUGUGUGCUUGGACAUUGUGUUGUUACAUAUAAAGAACGACAUCAAGGAACCGCGAUUUUUGUUGUUUUCGAGCACGUAACAAAUGGUUCAUUGAGAGAGCAAUUUACAGAUUGGAGAAGAAAGGACAAACUAAAAUGGCCACAAAGAAUGACAAUCUCAAUGGGAAUUGCCAAAGGAGUUCAAUUCCUGCACACAGGAAUGGUACCAGGAGUUUUUGGGAAUGAGAUCAACAUUGAGAAUAUUUUGUUGGAUGAAAGUCUUACUCCAAAAGUCAGCAACUAUAGGAUUCCAUUGCCCUUCAAGGUAGAAACCCCAAAUGAUCAAAAUGUCCUAAUUUCUGGAAAACCAGACAAGGAUGACAUUUACAAUCUGGGUGUGAUUCUGCUUGAGUUACUAACAGGCAGACAGAUCACAUCAGAAAACCAAGUAGAUAAGCUAAAACAAGAGCUCGAAAAAAGUUUAGCAGAAUCAGCAUCAGCACUACAGCAAGCAGUAGACCUGUCGAUGAGAGGCACAUACGCGUACCAAUCCAUCAAAACGGCUGCUGAACUUACCGUUAACUGCUUAAGCAACGAUCCCAACAGACGACCUCCCAUGGAAGACGUGGUAUGGCAUUUACAGUACUCGAUUCAAGCACAACAGACCUGGACUAGCAGCGGAAAUCUUGCGUUCAACAGUGGAAAUCAAGGCUUGAAUAAGUGAUGUAUAUAUGUUCAUGAUCGUACAGAUGUGGUGCUUCUGGAAUCUGGAUCAGUUCCUGCAGCACUGAACUGUGUAAUAUAGCAACUUUUUGCACUUCCCCUUUGUUCAGAAAACAAAAUACUUGUAUACUUCUUUACCUAUAUGCUAUUGUAGUUAUUAUUUGUAAUAAAACGGGUUCUAGAGAUCAUAUACUUCAACCUGUCAUAUAUGUAUAGAUUCAUUUAUAUAUCACUCGUGAAGUGGAAGGGUAGAUGUUCCUGCUAGGAACAAUGUCCACUUAGAUUGUGUUCGUCGUA